AUGGACGCUCGGCGCCUCGGCCAAUGCCGAGGCGCCUGCAUUUUGAUGUCCAUUUUGCCACUAUUCUCUAGUUCUGAGCACUCUCAUUGUCACCUCCUCCUACUCGUCAUUAUUUUCUUGCAUCUUGUGUCCUCUUCAAGUAAGUCCGAUGCAAAAAUACUUCUCAAUUUGAUUAACAAUGAUGCAUUAUCCAAUUGGGAUCCCAGCAAACCAUCAUGCAAUGGGGAUAAAGAGAAUUGGGAAGGUGUUCUUUGUGAUCAUGGUAUUGUUUGGGGACUCAAGCUUGAGAAUAUAGGAUUAAGGGGUAACAUUGAUGUUGAUACACUAUCCGAAUUAACAAAUUUGAGGGCAAUUAGCUUGAUGAACAAUAAUUUCGAUGAAUCGUUGCCAAAUUUGGCAAAAUUGGGUGCCCUGAAAACCAUUUAUUUGUCGAAUAAUAAGUUUUCCGAGAAAAUUCCCGAAAACUUGUUUGAUGCCACAUUAUCACUCAAGAAAAUUCAUUUGUCGCAAAAUAAGUUCUCGGGUCAAAUUCUGGUAUCUCUUACGAUAUUGUUGAAGUUGAUAGAGUUGAUGUUUUAAGACAAUGAGUUUGAAGGUUUAGUACUUGAAUUUCGUUUUCAAUGUAUCUAACAAUCAAUUGGAGGGUGAAAUACCCAAUAACCUCAGAUGAACGCUACAACAUUUUACGGUCUGUUUUCUUAAAUAU